CCUAGUCGGGCAGGACGUAAAGGUAUUCGUGAAAAAAAAUAGUCUACUGAGAUUUGUCGCGGUUGUCAGUUUGUACGCGAUCGCUCGCGGACUUCAGCGCGAAUGUGCGACAAAAACAGGACCAAAUCUGCAGAUCUGGGUUCUAAAACGUGUGGGAGAUGCUGUGUAUGGUGAUGUGAUCGGAUAGGAUGGGUGAUAAUUGAUUGUUAAAUUAUCGAAGUCAAGACUUAACCAAAGAUGGCAAAUUACUUCCUCUGCUUUGGAAUAUUUCGAAUACUCUUACCAUGUAUUUUAGCGAUAAGUAUAAUAUUUCGGCCAAGUGUCCUAUCGGGCAUAUACCUGCUGUUCCUAUGCUACUUCCCAUUCGUACCAGUGCCAACGACAUCCACGAUGGCUGGACACACGGGGAUAUACCUCAAACUAAUGAUCGUGGUCUCAAUUCUUACCUCCUUGACGCAAGCAGCCUUUCAGAUCUUCCUGGUGUCAGAUUCCCCAUACGGACAUAUGUUAGUGAACUGCGACUUUCUGGAGAGGAUACUGAGGACGGUCGGUCUAGUGAAGAUGGACCAUCUACCAGUCAUCGAAAUAGUCAACUGGGCGUACCCAGAACCCCUGAUGUUCCUAACCUCCAUAGCCACCUUCUGGAGUUGCAAGAAGCUGGUGCAAGAGCACCCUGACGAUCUCGAGUCUGUGAGAACUAUACCGACAAAGAAUGUAAAGAACAAAUAUCUAUCUUUGUUGACUUCCAUAGGCAGAUAUGGUGUCCUAGUUACAAUGUGCAUAGCAGCUAUUAUUGUACCAUCUGUGUUUGGUGCGUUAUAUUUCUUGGUAUUUUUAUCUAGCGCUACCUGGUGGGCGUGUUACAAGAAAUUGGAGAGAAAAUUCGCCGUAAUGAUUAGAUGCUUGAUGGUCAUUGUUUUUGCCCACAUGUUGGUAUUGUACGCUUAUCAGACACAAUGGCCACAAGAAUUGCUUCCACCCAACGAAGUAAUACCCAGGAUAUUAGGAUUAGUGCCUAUAUUUUCAUACACGUGCAAUGAUCCUAGAGAGAUUACAUGGGUGCAGCACUUAUGGGAUACUUAUGCUUAUCCCCUAGCACUCUAUUUAUUCUAUGCCAUAUCCAUAUACGAGACAAAACUGUUGAUGAAACCUCAGAUACAGAAGAAGCAGGGGACCUUCUCCAGGCUGGAGAGUAACUUCUCGGGCUCCGGUUUCGGCCGACAGCUGUCACAGCGUCGGUCCGAGAGAAGACUUAUGCGUUCCAACACCACCAUUCAUCGGUGGCAGAGUGCCACGCGUAAAGUUCGUCUGAUGAAGGGCAUGAGUCCGUCUAGGAGAUAUGGAUCAGGUAGCCAGAAGCCAUCAUUGAUACAAGAUUCCAUGGGUAGUGUAACAGUACAUACCGAUGCCACUGAAGAUAUCCCUAUGGAUCAACUAGAUGUUACAGAGGAGGAAUACAAGCCAACAAUAUGCGAAAAGAUAAUGUACUUCCUGGAGGCGCUACUGCAAGUUAUCAUUAGGUCUUCGUACAUAGGCACCAAUAUAAUUAUGAUGACGUGGAGCAUAACAUACUUGAGCUGGUUAACGUUUGUUCUUCUACUCUGGGCCAAUCUGCUAUGGUUGAUUCCAAACCAAAGAAAAGCCAUGUUGAGGUCGAGUCCUUUCUUGGUGUUAUACGCAUGGUUCCUUCUAAUAUCUGCAUACGUUUUCUGUAUGAACUUGACGGAUGCAGAGCUACCAUCUGAAGUUCAAGGAAUCAACCUCGCUCAAAUCGGAUUCGUGAAGAUAAAUGUGCUUCCUUUCGAUUCCCUAGCUGUAAAAUGUCUCUUCACCGGGAUGUUUUGGAUAACGCUAAGACAGUACAUGCAAGAGAGAAUUGCAGAGAGGCAGAAUUCAGCUCUGGCCGAUAUGGUGGCCCCUCUUCAAGUAUCAGUAGGAGCAGCGGCAGGCGUAGAGAAACAAGCAGAGACUUCAACACUGGAUAAAUUUGGACAAUGGAUGAAGACCUUUUUGGCAUCAAUUUGGAUCUGGAUUGUCGCUAUUACCCUCUUUUUCGUAGCUAUAACAGGGCAAAGGAUGACGGGUUUCAGAAUAGUAUACAUGGCCCUUUUCCUCAUAUUUGUCAUAACAUUCCAGUUGUCGUUCAAAAUUUGGAAGAAAUUGAUGCUGGGCUUCUGGCUUACGGUGAUCAUUUACUCCAUGCUGAUGCUCAUUAUGGUUUACACCUACCAAUUCGACCACUUCCCAGAAUAUUGGGAAUCUUUAGGAGUACCAUUCGAACAGCAAGCGGACAUUGGCUUGGAAAGAUACGAAACUAAACAACUCUUCGUGAGACUUGUAACUCCAACCUUUUUCGUCAUCAUAACUGUGAUCCAAGUCCAUUAUUUCCACAAGGAUUUCAUGAAGAUCUACGAAGAUUCUUUCGAUGAGACCAGAUCUACUAGAUCGAAUAACGAGAUCAAAGAUGACGAAAGCGAAAGACCAAGAGAAGAAGGCGGUACUUCAGUUAAAUUCAACGUCAGUGACCUGAAUACCUACCCCAUCGAAUCAAACAAACGAACAAAGAUAAUAAAUGGUGUGCGCUAUUAUUGGAACUUGCUGUUUUUGUUCCUGGAGAUACAUAUGGUGAAGUUGGUGCUACUGGUUGGAAUCUUGGCGUGUAUUGUCCAACCAUGUGCUCUGGACCUAGCAGUGAUCAUUCUUCUGGUUAUUGGUACCGUUGUUGGCAAGCGAGUUCAGCCUAUUGCUAUAUAUACUUGUUCCGUAUUUUUUUCUAUACUCUUGCUUGCGAGGAUGGUCUACCAAAUCAAAUACUUCAAAGCUACACAUUGGGAGGUUACCUGCUCGGAGGGUAACGAUACCAACGAAACUGUGAACGAUGCUGAAUGGCUAGGAUUCACUAAAGUAGGAAACGGCAAAUCCUUGAUGUACUUCAUAAGAUACGACAUAAUCUACAUCAUCGUAACGACACUGUGGACCACUGUUAAAAUAAGACAGUUAAAUCUCCGAAGGAGAAUGGGCAUUCCUCACGCGAAGGUAGAGGUUAUGUUCCCCAGCAUAACCCGAGCUGAUGCCGAUAAAAAUUUGAGUAACUUCUGCAAAUAUAUGAUGAACUACGGCUUCUACAAAUUUGGAUUAGAGGUGUGCCUUAUUAUGACAGUCGCUCUCAUAGGGUUCAGGAUGGACCUUUACGCACUCUUAUACGCAUUGUGGUUAUGCGGACUAUUCACUCUGAAGCGUGAAACACUUUCUAAUAUUUGGAACGUCUAUAUAUCCUUUAUAGCCAUCUUAAUUCCAUUCCAAUACUGUAUGGUUGUCGGUCUUCCUCCAUCACUUUGCAUAGUGUUUCCUUGGGACACAAGCAGCGUGUUGCAAAAAUUCCAAGAAUGGGCAUUCCUCAUGGACUCUGUCAACCCAUUACCGGCUAAAAAACUGAUCUGCGACUAUCUCCUACUACUCCUUGUAUGUCGUCAAGCCAUAGGAUUCAAGAAAGAGGAUCAGCAGAGGACGAUGGGCCUUGUGUUCCCUGGUGGAUCUAACGAGGUUAUCAUACAGCACUCUGAAGAGGAUAACUUCGAAAAUCCGGUUCCUGACUUCAUCACUUACUGUCGGUCCUACUUGGACGUUUUCAAAAGGGCAGUACUACUGAGCCUGCUCUGGAUAACUUUAGCGGUGCUCUUCCUUGCUGGCACCAAUCGCGUCAACAUAUUCUCCAUAGGUUAUCUGAUAGGUGCUUUCGUGUUCCUUUGGCAAGGAACUGAUUUGUACCUCUGGCCGAUACCCAAGAUCCUCAAGAGAUGGAACUACCUGUUAGCCUACAAUGUCUCGGUGAUCACCAUCAAAGCGGGUCUUCAGAUUCUCGGUUGUCUCUUUAUGGAGGAACUAACGGACAACGUUUGUUGGCCUGUUCAACUCUUCGCCAUUGGGUGCGUCAACAAGUUCCAAGCCCAUUCUGUGCUGGUGUCGGACGACUUGGACCCGAAAUGUACCGUUCCCAGAGAGUACAUAGGUUUGGUCUGGGACGGUCUCAGCUUUGCCUUCCUCAUACUGCAAAGGAGGGUCUUCCACAGCUACAACUUCUUCCACAUGAUAGACGAGGCCAAAGCCAGCACUAUCCUAGCCUCUAGAGGUGCGGAACUCAUUGAGGAACUCAGGAUGAAGCGUAUGCAAGAACAAGAGGAUAACGAAAGGAACGUCCUAGAGAAGAUCAAAUCUAAGAUGGACAGGAUCAAAGCUUCCCAGCAAAAAGUACAUGGCGCCUCGUACAAAGAUGCUACAACUCAUUUCCAAGAGCAAUCUGGAGAAAGACCAAUACGGAGAAGAAGAAUUCCAGACACAUACAAAGCUGCUGUACGUUCUGGUGACUACUACAUGUUCGACGACCUUCAUGUGGAAGAUCUAGAUCCUUUAGAGGCCUUACCGAAGACAACUCUCUCAGACACAGUUGUCGAUGAAGAAGAACCAGAUGACGGACGGUACACUGUAGGAGAGUUCUUGAGCACUGCAAUGAAGUCUGACAUUGGACAAACAGUACGCAGGGCUUCGUUGAAUGCAGAACUAAGGAGGCAAAGAUCAACAUCUUUGAAAUCGCGUUUGUCAGAGCCAGCUUCUAGAGUGGACGAUCAAGGAAAGUCUGUGAAAAUCCAGGAGGAUCCUAUUCCAAGCACCAGCCAAGAUGGCAUGAGUGAACUCAUGGAACCCGAUACGGAAGCAAAAACCACAGAAGACAAAAGAAGCUUGUGGGUCAAAAUAAAGGAUUUCUUCAUUUUUCUUUACUAUUUCCUGGAUAGUAUCAUGAUGAGCUGUACAAAAUUCCUGAAUAGCUACACGAAGGAUUAUCGUUAUGUUAUAAGGGUUUUAAGGAGAGAAAAGAAAAACCUGAAGGAAACAACAAAUUAUUCCGUUGGUAGAAGAGUUGGGUCCAGUCAAGUUUGGGAACCUACAGGCUCAUUCCACGAACUCAUUGCCGUUCAAAGGUCAACUUCACUUCCACAUCUGGAUAGAAAGCAAACUUCAAGCUCUGACAGUGACACUAAAGCACUAGCAUCUGACAUACCCCAGUCGUCAGAAUUGGGCAGGCGCAAGACAAGUGUGCUCACUGUACCGGAAAUUCGAAUACUAGCACCAAGUUUGGAACGUGGAUUAGACUCACCAUCGCUCAAAAGCAAAUCCAUAUCCCUCUUCAAAAUAAUGGAAGAAGAAGAAGCGGAGAUGUCUUCCUACGAUCAACCUUCGAUCCUGAGACUGUUGCUAGCAAUAUGGUACAUCCUCACCAGUAAAUCAGAGUUGAUGUGCUAUCUCACCAUAUUCUUGAACCAAAUCAAGUCCGCUACAUUCCUUUCGCUACCAUUGCCUCUCAUGGUGUUCCUGUGGGGUACCAUGACGAUUCCAAGGCCUACCAAGACGUUCUGGGUGACCAUUAUAGCGUACACGGAGGUCAUUGUUCUCAUCAAGUGCAUGUUCCAAUUCGAUAUCAUACCGUGGAAUAGGAAAGCAGACGUUGUAUCUGAUCCCCUAUAUCCUCCGAGAAUAAUUGGAAUAGAAAGGAAAUCCAACUAUGCCCUAUGGGACCUCUUGCUUCUCUUAGUUGUCUUUUUCCAUAGGUUUAUGCUGAAAUCGAUGGGACUCUGGCAGUCAACGAUUUCAGGUACUCAGAAAACAGAGGAUGGAUUCUAUAGAAUGGAUGAUGAUGGCAAUCUAAUACUCAUUGAAGAUAAACAUCAUAGACCUAAAGCACUAAGACUAAAAGAACUCGAGAAAGAACCUCCACCACCGCUCCCAGAACCGGAAGAGAAGGAUCCUGAGACAGGAUCACAUCACGAGCCACCCCAUAAGAAAAAAACCCGCCUCAACAAACUGUUUCGUAGCUUGCAAUUGACGCAUUUCAUAUCGCCUUCUGUAAUGUUCGGCUUGAACCGUUCGGGAGAAGAAGAAGAGACAAUAAUCGACGAUGGCUCCGCACCGGCCAGCAUCAGAAGACACGAAGCCGAUGACGAACUGCCCGAAGGAGAUUUGAACAGUCUGGUGAAGAUCACUUCGAGCAGAGUAGACGCCGAAGAUAAGUUUCCGGAAUCUCUGAAACUAGCGCUGAUGAAAUACACGGAAACCUUCAAGUUGUUUUUCUCUCAGUUGAUUCAGCCAACCUCGAGGGUUUCUGCAGAUGUUUACUCAUACAUGUUCCUAUGUGAUUUCUUCAACUUCUUCGUUCUUCUAUUGGGUUACACUUCGUUCGGGACAAACCAAGGAGAAGGUGGAGGUGUUACCACCUACCUGGAAGACAACAAAAUCCCUGUUCUGUUCCUCCUUAUGUUAAUCAUUCAGUUCAUGUUGAUAAUCAUCGAUAGAGGAAUAUAUCUAAGGAAAAAUCUGAUCGCCAAAAUCAUGUUCCAAUAUUUCCUCAUAAUAUUCUUACACAUAUGGCUGUUUGUUCUUUAUCCAACCAUAACAGAAAGAUCUUUCAAUUCGGUUCUACCUCCGCAACUGUACUACAUCGUUAAGUGUUUCUACCUCCUGCUAUCCGCUUACCAGAUCCGAUGCGGAUAUCCGACAAGAAUUCUUGGAAAUUUCCUCUGCAAAGGUUACAAUUAUGUGAACAUGUUCCUGUUCAAGGCUUUCUUGGCUGUGCCUUUCUUAUUCGAACUGAGAACCGUCAUGGAUUGGAUGUGGACUGAUACAUCGAUGACUGUCUUCGACUGGAUCAAGAUGGAAGAUAUUUUCGCGCAUAUUUUCCAACUGAAGUGCCAAAGAUAUGUGGAAGCAGAGUAUCCCCAGCCUCGGGGAGAAAAGAAGAAGAGUUUCGUCAAAUACUUCAUGGGAGGUGCAAUUUUAUUGAUAAUAAUCGGCAUAAUAUGGUUCCCUCUUGUAUUCUUCUCCCUUGGUAACGCUGUCGGCAAACCGAACAUUCCAUUUGACGUAACUCUCGACCUGAGGAUUGGUCCCUACGAUCCUGUCUUCCAGAUGUCGGCACAAGACAACAACAUAUUCCAGUUAAACAAGAAACAAUAUGAUGAGAUGCUGGACGUCUAUGGAUCAAACAAACCUGCCCUGACGUUCAUAACAAAUUAUGAAGCAUACGAUGUAGCGGCGAUCAAACUGAGCACCGAUUCUGCUAACGUGUGGACGAUUUCACCACCAGAUCGUUUGAGGAUGAUCGCUGAAGUUAACUCUAAUUAUUCAAUCACCGUCAGAAUGAACUAUAAAGUGUCUCAUAGAACGAGCAAAUCAGAAGAUUCCGGCAUACUCAGCAACUUCGUACAGGUCUCCAUACCACCUUUUCUAGCCAACGGAGAUCGAAAUCCUGCUAGGGAGCAUCUGUCCGAGAUGCUGACCACGGAAAAGAAUACCAGCCUUCCAGUCUUACUGACAGAGAUCCUACCCAAAUUCCUCAAAGUCACCAACAACGGGGUGGUGAAGCCAGUUGGUAAUCUUAUGGAGCACAUCGGUGAAGAGGAUAAUGCAAAUCUGUUCCGAAAUGCCACUUUGAUCUUACAUCAUGCAAUAACGGAAGGGCCUCAAGGUGAUUGGUGGAAAUUCAGUGAGGAUUGCAAUGAUAUCAAUUCUAGACGCUACCUGUCAAAGUUACCGUUCAGCGACGAUUGUAAAAAUAUAGUACUUUACACCUUCAAUGAUAAAAUAUUCCCCGCCAGUCUUAGCAUUAUCACAGGAGGAGGCAUCAUCGGUCUCUACACCACCUUUGUCCUCUUGAUAUUCCACUACAUUAGGGGCGUCUUCAUGGGACAAUGCUUCAAAAUCAUGUACGAGGAUCUGCCUUACAUAGACCGCAUACUCCAACUGCUCUACGACAUCUAUCUUGUAAGGGAAUCGAACGAGUUUGUCUUGGAGGAAGAUCUUUUCGCCAAACUGAUCUUCCUCUUCCGGUCGCCGGAAACACUCAUCAAAUGGACGCGGCCAGUAGAAGAAGGCAACCCGGAAGAUGAAGAGAAUGAAUAGAUUCCCAAAGAGUUUUUUUAUCACACUUUCCAAAGUUCUUCCUUCUAACGUUUUAAAGUACCACAAAGAAGUACGAGUAUGACAUAUCUAUAUUUGAUGAUGGGACAGGGUGAAUUCAACUUCAGUUCAGCCUUUUUAAAGCCUUUACCAAUCUAUACAUAGUGUAUUUCGUCCUAAUUGUUAAAUCUUUAUUUUACCAUAAUUUCUGGUACCUACACUGAUUGCAAUGGUCGAAUGUAAGUUCAGUUCUUCUUUAAGAUAGUAAAUACUGUGUAUUCCUAUGGUAACAGGAGCCUAGUCAUAUUUUUAUAAGUAGGUUUAUAGAUUUUGAGAUAUUCUGCAUAUUAUAGGAGAUGAUUUUUAUACAAGAAAAUUAUUCUACAUUUAUCUGAUCGUUAGUGAAGUGGAACUGUAAAAUUUAACUUCGUUUUAUUUUUUUACUGGCUCUCUUUAUUUUAAUUUCCUAUUUAUGUCCGAUUCAUUCCAUCUGUAUUGAAUUAUUAAAAAAAGUAUAUUCAUUAUUUUAAUUUCAAUAAUUCAUUCCUUUGUUCUUCAUUACUUAAUUUUACAUCUCGUUUAAGUUGAUGGAGCUGCUACCUACGCGAUGUUUUACUCGUUGAAUUUUUUAAAUUUGUUAUUUCUUUAUUAUACAUUGAGAAAAGUAUGGAUUAUUAUGGUGCUUAUCACAUUUUCUUCGCGAUCAUGCCUUACUUUUGGGGAUUCAAAUAUAUUGUGAUUUUUAUUGGUAGAGUUUCACCAUUUGCAAAAAAUAGUUUUGCAUAUUAUGCACGUGAAAAUAUUUUGCCGAAGAUUUAAUAUAUUUUUAAAAGAUGUUGUCUCAAUGUGUAUUUAUAUCCAAUAAAAUUUUUGUACAAACGAUCAA